AUGAAUCUUUAUACAGAUAGACUGACAAGUUUCCAAGAAGGAAAAGUAAUCAAUAAUAAAAAAAUAAGAUGGCGAUAUCAAGUGAUACCACAAGAGCAUAUGGCAUUGCUAGGCUUCUAUUAUGAACCUUAUUACGAUGAGAAUUUAGAAGAAAUUAUCAAGGAUUCAGUUAUAUGUAUUCAUUGUAAUGCUGAAAUGCACGAUUUGGGUGAUUGUAGAAACUCCAAGAAAAAUGUUAAGUUAACAAUGUUAAAUAUAAUUAACCACCAUUUGGAAGAACUUGAGCGAUUAAACGCACGGAAUAAAAGGAAACAAAUACAAACACAAGAUAUUAUCUGUUUACCAAGCCUCCUGAAAAAACUUAUUUUACAGAGUGUGUUGGAUAGGAAAAUGAUCAAAUGGUUUAAACAAAAUACCAUCAAGGAUCCUUUUUCUAAAUUAAUGAUAGAUUUUACCCGCUCAACAUAUCUUAGCUCAGAAUGGGGUUAUAAGGAAGAUAGCAAUCUUAGUAUUGAUAAUAUGGUUAAAAGUGGGCUAUUUAAAUAUGAUAUUUCGCUGACGGGUUUCAAUGAAAUAAAGCCAUCAAAACUUGCUCGCAAGAGAAAAAUUAAUGACGGCUGUUACUGUAUUUAUUGCAAAUAUUUUAUAUCAAAUUUGGAUGUAGAAUUGGAAUCAAACUUUGAUGUAUUAAAGAGUCAUUAUAUUAAUAGUCGAGAUAAACAAUGCUUUUUCAUUGAACAGAUCAAACACCUUGCAAAUUAUAAAUCAAUUUUGCAAGGCUAUGAUCAGAACCCAACUAACCUUCUUACGUCUCCAAAAAGAAAGGGUUUAAAUUCAGUUAAUUCUACACCUGUAAGAAAAAUGCGUAAGUUAAAUAGAACUUCCACAAUAAUGACUCUUGAUAGUGAUGAUUCCAAUGCUUCAAAUUCAUCCAAUAUAAGCUAUAAUAACGUCACCAAAUCGACUAUGGGCAAUAGCGUAGCUAAUAGAUUCGAUCUUAAAGUGAAUUUCCAAGACCAUGUUGAUAGAACAAGAGAAUUUAAUAGACGUAAUAGGGUAUUAGAUGAUAGCACGGGUGAUUUUAGCUUCGAUAAUCAAGGCCAACUAGGGUUUGAAUUGCCACCCAUGAAUGUACGAUUAUCAACCAAUUCAAUAGAAAAAAGGGGAGAUAAUAGUGGAGAACACCUUAAAGAUAUUGAAGAAAGUAACAAAAAGAACAAAGAAGUCGAUAAUAGAAGAAAUGUGGAUAAAGGAAUAAGUCAAGUAAAAACAAUCUUUAAUGAGGUGGAACAUGGAACGAAUGUUGCUCAAGAAAUAAUAGAACAACAAAUACCAAGAGACAAUUCAAUAAAUUCAUCAAACCUAUCUCAAGAGAAGCAACAUCAAUGUAAGCAGUUAGCACGUGCCGGGCAGACACAGGAUAUAGAACUGAAACAUAUACAAGAGCAUGCUUUAUCACACGAAAUUGACAACCCUGAAAUAGUAACAACUAGGGAAUCUAUCAAGAGAGACAAUUAUUGUAAAAACAAUGACUAUGAAAUGGAAAACUACGCCAUUAUGAGCGGUGUAUGUAACAUAGCUGACAAAAACGAGAUGAAUAAAUUAACAAGUGAUUUAAAUUACAAUCAAAAAGCAACACAGUCUGCUAAUGUUACUAUUGAUUCUGUAACCAAGGAAAGCUCAAAUAAAGCUCCGAACUCUUCAAAUAUACAAAAAGUAAUUGCACAAUCAACAGUUGGCAAUUAUAUUCAUGCGGUUAAUCCUCAACCGGAGACUAUCGACGUUAUAUCUUUACGAAAUGCUCAGUCUAUGCACAAGGCAAUUAUUAACAAGCAACUUGAGCAAGUUAAUUCAAAUUUAGACCACCAGACAGAUGUUUCACGUGAAAAUUUCAACAUUUCUAAAAUAAAUGGAUCAGAAAUACUAUCUAAAUUUUACAAGGCCGAAUCUAUGAAUAGCAAAAACCACAAGGAUAAUUCUCAAGAAAGUUUAAAGAGUUCAUCAAACAGAGUUGAAAACUUUUCUAUCUCAAAUAUAUCUAAGAUUGAACCAAUUACAACAAGUACUGGGAAUAUUCAAUACGGUAAAAAUACAGGUGUUCAAACCGUAAAUAGAAUAAGUACAUUAACACAUGGCAGCCCAGCUUCCAAUGAAUAUGAUGCAAUAUCUAUAAGCUCAGAUGAAUUUGCUCUCUCAUCUUCAGAUGAAGAUGAAAAUAAAGAUGAAAGUGAUAAUUUCGGUCAAAAAAUAGACAACGUUAAAGAAGCCGUAAGGAACGCUGACAGUAAAAUACUAAUAUCCUCAUACCAUAAAAGUAAAUCAUUAUCUAAAGAUGGUACUGAUGAUGAUUCUCAUGUGAUAGACGAUUUUAAUAAACAAUUGAACAUUAAUAUUUCUAAAUCAGUAUCAAAUAUCCAUUUAGCGGGAGGCCUGCAAACAAAUGCUAGGAUUCCUAGAAAAAAUCUGAAGGGAUCAUUAUUUGUACAAGAAACUAAAGAAAAUAACUACCAACCAUUGCUUAAUAAUGUAGAACCAUUACCAUUACAUGAAUUCGAGGAACAAGAAAUACUGCUUGAAGCUGGAACACCAAGAUCAAGUAUAGCCAAAUUGGAUAACAUUACACAAACAGAUAUUGAAAAUAAAAGAGUUAAUUCACCUGAUACUUCAUCUGAUGUUAAUAAUAAGUCCGUAGAUAUUUCUAAGAAUAUUGUAAAUUCUAAUACAAUUAGAAAUUCUAUUUCAAACACUAAACCUCAAUUUAUAAAACUAACCCCAACAUCUGAUGAUUUAAAUAAGGAAGACAUUUCUUCCCGUCUGCAUUCUACAGACGCACCAAUAACUGAUAAAUCGCCAAUCAUUGACACAGGAAAUACUUCUAUUAGUAACAUGCCUCUCGAAUCCAGAAGCAAUGCUAAUAUUGAUAUGAGUACUUGCUCUACUUUGGAUCUAAAAGGAGCAACUCUUAAUCAACAGGUACAUAAUGAUGCAACAAUAGAAAAUCCUAACCUUCAAAAUGAUUCAUCUAAAAGUUUAGUGAAGAAGAAUGCUCAUGAAAUCCCCGAAAACACUCAAGUAUCUAGUUUAGAUAAUAAUCUAAAGAAUAUCCAUAGUAUUAAACAAGCAGAGGUUCUCGAUACGUCCUCUAAAGACAUGAGAAAUGAAAGUUCAACUGCCAAAACUGCAAACUUAAAUAUUGACCUAUCUCACUCCGAACAUAAAGACAAUGAGGUAAAACUGUUGAGCUUACAGCAAACUGAAGUAUGCUCUCUAAAUAAGAAGAAUAUACAAUAUAUUAAUGAGGUUGAACAAUACUUAACAUGUAUAAAGAAUAAGUUUGAAAAACAACAAUUAGACUUUGAUGUAAUUCAGUUUAUUAAUACAUUUCCAAGAGAUGAGUUAUACAUGGACUUCAAUGAAUGGGUUGAUUAUACUCAUAAUAAAAUUAAAAAUUAUUUUAAUUUACGAGUAAAGGACAUUAUAUUAAAGUCAAACGAAAACUAUGAGGAGGUAGAAAAUAUGAUUAAAGCAUUAGACGAUGACGAUGAAAGAUUAACCAAAAUUGCGGAGAUGCUUGGGAUUAUCACUUAA